AUUGUUCAAAUGCUUCUCCAACAAGGAGCUGAUGUAAAUGCUCAGGGCGGAUACUAUGGCAAUGCUCUCCAGGCUGCCUCAUCAGGAGAGCAUGAACAGAUUGUUCAAAUGCUUCUCCAACAAGGAGCUGAUGUGAAUGCUCAGGGCGGAUUUUAUGGCAAUGCUCUCCAGGCUGCCUCAUCAAGAGGGCAUGAACAGAUUGUUCAAAUGCUUCUCCAACAAGGAGCUGAUGUGAAUGCUCAGGGCGGAUAUUAUGGCAAUGCUCUCCAUGCUGCCUCAUCAGGAGGGCAUGAACAGAUUGUUCAAAUGCUUCUCCAACAAGGAGCUGAUGUGAAUGCUCAGGGCGGAGAAUAUAGCAAUGCUCUCUAUGCUGCCUCAUCA